CCUUGGCACGGGCGACUCGUGUUCUAAUUCCCCACUGACGAACCGCUAACCCUCAUUGGAGCACUAUACCUAGUCUCAUCCAUCCAGGCCACGGUCCCAUGCAGAUAGGUAGAUGUUGGUGCCUCUCGACUCAAGCUGCAAAUUAAUUUUAUCUCGAUUAAAGCUCGACACCCCCGUCUGUUGACGCCCUCGCCUUUAGAUCUUCUGGCACUCUCGACAGACAGAGGCUUUGUGCGACGACAUCAUCUGGGCUUGUCGCGACUUGUCUCAAACGCUGUGACCAUCAUAUCUUCUUGCUCCGUGUUCACCUGUUAUCUGCGCAUCAAUCUCACCGUCACCCUUCCCUGCCUCACACGACCACUCUUCUCUGCCACUUUCCCACCUACGCUAGACGACACCCCGAUUGCGAAACGUUCGAUUUGACAAUUUGACGCCUACUGCCUACCGCAGCCAUGUCGGACAAGAAGAAUGAAGACUACGCAGUUGGCAUGCCCGAGUCGGGUAGCCGGAGUCCCUUUGGGGGGGAGAAAGAUCCGUUCAUCCCACCGCGGCCUUCGAGAGUCGCUUCACAUAACUCUCUCUCCUCACGCUUCGCCAAGAUUGAGAACAACCCAACGGCAUCGAUUCUCGCCUACUGUUUUGCCUCCAUUUCCAUGACCGUGGUGAACAAAUACGUUGUGUCCGGCUCGGAAUGGAAUCUCAACUUCUUCUACCUUGGUAUUCAGUCGUCAGUCUGUAUCGCCACGAUUCAAAUCUUGAAGCAAAUCGGUGUAAUUACCAACUUGGCUCCCUUCGACGCAAACAAGGGCCGAAGAUGGUUUCCCGUCUCUCUCCUCCUUGUAGGUAUGAUCUACACGAGUACGAAGUCCCUGCAGUAUCUCUCGGUUCCUGUGUAUACUAUUUUCAAGAACUUGACUAUUAUCGUCAUCGCCUAUGGUGAGGUUCUCUGGUUUGGGGGUAGUGUGACACCUCUUGCUCUUCUCUCCUUCGGCCUCAUGGUUCUUAGCUCUGUCGUUGCUGCUUGGGCGGACACACGCUAUGCCGGCCAGACUCUCGACGCUGCUGAGGCCCUUGCAACCCUGAAUGCUGGAUACGCUUGGAUGGGUCUCAACGUUUUCUGCACUGCCUCCUACAUUCUGAGCAUGCGCAAGGUUAUUAAAAGUAUGAACUUUAAGGAUUGGGACACCAUGUUUUACAACAACUUGCUUACGAUCCCCGUUCUUAUUGUUUGCUCCUUGAUCGCUGAAGAUUGGUCUAGCGAGAACUUGGCCAAGAACUUCCCAGUGGAGACACGCAAUUCCCUGUUCAUUGGCAUGAUCUACUCUGGCCUUGGUGCCAUUCUCAUCUCUUAUUGCUCGGCUUGGUGUAUCCGUGUUACCUCAUCCACCACUUAUUCAAUGGUUGGCGCUCUGAACAAGCUCCCUAUUGCUGUUAGCGGUCUCAUUUUCUUCGCGGCGCCUGUUACACUGGGAAGUGUUUCAGCUAUCAUUCUGGGCUUCAUCAGUGGAAUCAUCUUCACGUGGUCCAAGAUACGCCAAUCAGAGUUGGCCAAGAACACACUUCCAGUAGCCCAACCUACCAUGAGCGCCAGUUCCCAGAGCAAUCGCGAUGCGGCUAAUUCCUAGAAGAGAAGGGACUCGUAUACUUUACAAGCCUUGUGAAUGCAGUGGUCUCUAGAGUCGACACUGGAAUGGGCUCGAACGAAUAGAAGGCUUUCUUAUGAACAGAUUCGUCACAAAACAUUGGUUUUGCCGGCCUCUUUCCACGAGCUUUGGUGUAUAAUAAUGGCUCGACUUGGGCCAGCAUCUGAUAUGGGUUGCCUGUUUCUGGUAUAGACUUUGUUUUUUUUUCUCAAGGAAAUACUGAUGAGCGGAGCUUCAAAGGAUGGGAAAUUCAUUCAUAUACGUGGCGCAUCAAGCGGGAAAACAUACAUAUCAAGGGAGGCAUAGCCUGGGUGCCCCGAUAGCGUGCGUACAUGUCGGCGCGAUGGAAUGAAGGGCAGCGCGAUUCGCAUUGUAUGAUUGUUGUAUUAAGCAUGACGCUAAUAAUAUGAUUCAAAAUGUCUUAUUUUGUCUACGCUAUCUUAGAGGCGUUCGACGACAAGAGCACAAACUAGAGCAAGAAAUAGAGCAAUACUGAUGCAUACCGUAGGUAGCUAGGUAUUAUCACGAUGUUGUACCAACAGGAAGUG